AAACUUCCCCGGGGAAGAUGCCGUUUUCCUGAACACGUGAACGCAGCACACUGCCACGUCAGCUGAUCAGCGCCGCACAAAACUCACGUGACACCAGCCCGCACGUGACAGUCUGGACCAGCACGUCAACAUGGCUGCCGCACCACAAUCCGUCUACUGGCUGGGUAAUGACACCCUCAGGGUGUCUGCUGCCCUCUUUGCAGAGAACCGCCGACGUCUAUGCACAGGGCUGAAAGCCAAAGAUGGAGUGGUGCCGCAGUCAGUGGUCGUGCUGCAGGGUGGAGAGCAGAAGCAGAGGUACUGCACGGACACAGAUGUCCUAUUCAGGCAGGAGUCUUUCUUCCACUGGGCUUUUGGAGUAACCGAGGCUGACUGCUAUGGAGCCAUUGAUGUGGACUCUGGGAAAUCCUUCCUUUUUGUUCCCAAACUGCCUGAAAGCUAUGCUACUUGGAUGGGAGAGAUCUAUCCUAAAGAGCACUUCAAGGCGAAGUAUGCUGUUGAUGAGGUGCACUACACCUGUGAUAUCGUCAGUGUCCUGUCCAACCUGAAACCAGCUACUCUCCUGACACUGCGAGGACGGAACACAGAUAGUGGGAGCAUCUGCCGCGAAGCCUCCUUUGAAGGAAUUAGUGGCUUCCAAGUGAACAACACUCUUCUACACCCAGUUAUUGUGGAAUGCCGUCUGACUAAGACUGAUAUGGAGCUGGAGGUUCUGCGCUACACCAACAGGAUUUCCAGUGAAGCCCACAAAAUGAUUAUGAAGCAUGUGACACCUGGGCAGAAAGAAUAUGAAAUGGAGAGCCUUUUCCAGCACUACUGCUACAACAAAGGAGGGAUGCGUCACACCUCGUACACCUGUAUCUGUGGAACCGGCAACAACUCCUCCGUUCUCCACUACGGCCAUGCUGGAGCUCCCAAUGACAAGACAAUUAUGGAUGGAGACAUGUGUCUGUUUGACAUGGGUGGAGAGUACUACUGCUACUCCUCAGACAUCACCUGCUCCUUCCCAGCCAACGGGAAGUUCACUCCAGACCAGAGGGCCAUCUAUGAGGCGGUCCUCAAGUCCUCCAGAGCGGUCAUGGCUGCCAUCAGACCAGGUGUGAAGUGGACCGACAUGCACCGCCUGGCUGACCGGGUUCACCUGGAGGAGCUGGUGAAGAUCGGCAUCCUGAAAGGUUCCGUGGACGACAUGUUGAAGGUCCACCUGGGCUCCGUCUUCAUGCCCCACGGCCUCGGACACCUGCUGGGCAUCGAUGUGCACGAUGUGGGAGGAUACCCUGAGGGGGUGGACCGUAUUGACGAGCCUGGACUGAGGAGUCUUCGGAUGGGCCGUCUGGUGCAGGAGAGGAUGGUCCUCACCGUGGAGCCCGGCAUUUAUUUCAUCAACCACCUGCUGGACCAGGCCCUGGCCAGCUCCACCCAGAGCUGCUUCAUCGAUAACCAAGUGCUGGCUCGCUUCCGCGGCUUUGGAGGGGUUCGCAUUGAAGACGACAUUGCGGUGACAGCCGACGGGGUGGAGCUGCUGACCUGCGUCCCUCGCACCGUGGAGGAGAUCGAGGCUUUCAUGGCGGAACCCGCAAAACCCUUCAGCCCCGUCGUCAGCGGCAAGUCCUAAAUGACGUCUCGCAGUGAAGUCUGAGCUGCACGCUGCAACUUCAGUAAUUACAACAA